GGCCAAUCAGGUCAGGGCAAACACUAUAAUGGUCUUUUAGAAGAGCCAGUCUUGUACGAAGAUGGGACUACUGGUGUUUAUGCGUAACCUGCUACUAGCCCUCUGUCUCUUUCUGGUGUUGGGAUUUCUCUAUUACUCAGCUUGGAAACUGCAUCUUCUCCGAUGGGAGGAUUCAAAUUCAGUGGUUCUUUCCUCUGACUCCGUUGGACGUUCAAUAGGCUCAGGAAGGAGAGAGAGAAAAUCUACGUCUCCUGUGCCUCUGUCAUCUCUCCUACCACACCUUGCCGCUGAGCUGGGAACAGGCAAAGCUCAGAAAGAACCUGUGGCUGUUCCACACCCAAUCGCUCCUAAAUAUGACAAACUCGGCUUUCUUAUCAAGGUGGACUCCAAAUUGCCUCCAGAGCUAGCAUCAAAGUAUGCUAACAUCUCAGAGGGAGUUUGCAAACCUGGAUAUGCAUCUGCUCUCAUGACUGCCAUCUUCCCAAAGUUCUCCAGACCAGCACCAAUGUUCUUGGAUGACUCCUUCAGAAAGUGGGCGCGUAUUCGGGACUUUGUGCCUCCCUUUGGAAUUAAAGGACAAGAUAAUCUGAUCAAAGCCAUCCUGUCAGUAACCAAAGAUUACCGCCUUACUCCAGCCCUUGACAGUCUCAGUUGCCGGCGAUGUAUUAUUGUGGGAAACGGUGGCAUUCUAGCAAACAAAUCAUUGGGGCUGAAAAUUGAUGACCAUGACAUUGUUAUCAGGCUAAACUCCGCUCCAGUAAAAGGUUUUGAAAAGGAUGUUGGUGGCAAAACAACCAUGCGGAUAACCUAUCCAGAGGGGGCCAUCCAGAAACCGGAACAAUAUGAAAAGGAUUCUCUCUUUGUGCUAGCAGGGUUCAAGUGGCAAGACUUCAAGUGGCUGAAGUACAUUGUUUAUAAGGAGAAAGUGAGUGCCUCAGAUGGCUUUUGGAAGUCUGUGGCAACUCAAGUUCCAAGACAGCCUCAUGAGAUCCGUAUCCUGAAUCCAUAUUUCAUCCAGGAGGCAGCUUUCAGCUUUAUUGGCCUUCCUUUCAACAAUGGACUGAUGGGAAGAGGGAACAUUCCAACUCUGGGAACUGUAGCAAUAACCAUGGUACUCCACAACUGUGAUGAAGUAGCAGUGGCUGGAUUUGGUUAUGACAUGAACUCUCCCAACGCACCAUUGCACUACUAUGAGAACAUCAAGAUGUCUGCUAUCAAAGAGUCCUGGACGCACAACAUCCAGAGGGAGAAGGAGUUCCUGCGGAAACUGGUGAAAGCCCGAGUAAUCACAGACCUCACUAGCGGAAUCUGAGGAGGCACAGCCACUGUGCUGAAGGGCACGGCCACACGCGUACAGCUGAGGACAAGGGGAGUGAGCAGUCCCUGGCAAGAAUCCCAGCUUCUUAGAGACGCACAAUGCCCUUGGCAAGUCUCCUUGGCUUGCUCUGUCCGACUGCAUCGGGGCUGCUAGGGGAGUGGCGGUUGUUGGCCUGAGGGGGCAGGCCCCACCCUUGGAACUUCAGGUGAAUCAUGCUUGAGAUGGAGCAUCAUUGGAGAGAACAAAAAUAGGCGAGUGAAACAAAAUAAAUUGUGCCAAAUGGGAACAGGAGCCAGGCCGGAGGCAGCAGUGCUUGAAUGUACAAUGUAUUAUUUUUUUACGAAGAAAGAAACUCUUGAGAAUCAUGUUCAAUGUGGCAAGGUGCAAAGUGGAGCCUGGCUUGUACUCAUGCGCCAUAGGACACCUAAACUGCCUCUGUGCCAUCUGUGGCCCUUUGUAGGGCCUAAGUCCAUCCAAAACAUGUCUGCUGUUGGUGCUGCUAUAAAUUAAAGAGACUGUAG